UUUUAGGAAUGAGGGAUUGCCCAUGGAAUUUCCAACAUGGCUUCCAAAAUAGAGAAAGAAUGAAAGUACCGCUUCAGUAUUUCGAAUUCAAAGAAUGACUUCGUACAUAUCGAAAUAUUUAAAAUGUCAACGAGAUUGGGGUUUAAUUUUAAUAAUACAGGUUACAAUAACAUCAACCGGAGCAUAAACCAGGGUGAACUUUUGUUAUUAAGACGGACUUUUAAUGAGUGUGACAGUAACCACAAGGGAUUUUUAACAAGAGAAGAUUUGAAGAUUGCUGUGAUUACUCUAUUUGGAUAUAAGCCAACAAAGUAUGAGGCAAAUAAAAUUCUUGAAAAGUAUGGAGAAAACAUAGAAUCUGGAGAUGAAAAAGCUCUUGGAUCAAAUAAAUUUAUUGAAGCAAUGACCCCAUAUAUGAUUAAACGGGAUGAAGAUGAGGAAAUAAGACAUACAUUUUUGGCAUUUGAUGCUCAAUGUAAAGGAUUUCUAAUAUUUGAAGAUUUACAGAAAGUAGUUCAUCAGGUUGCCCCAAAUUUACCAUGUCAUGUAAUAGAAACUACAUUCAAAGAAUUAGACAGGGAUGGUGAUAAGAGGGUUAGCUAUAAAGACUUUGAUUUUAUGAUGAAAUAUGGAACAGAAAAUUGAGCAUAUCAGUGAAUAAAAUGAUAUUUUACUAGUGAAAUAUAGAAUAUAAAAGUGUAAUUAUAUAUUAUGUGUAGGGUAAAGCAAAAGACUGAGGUUAUGAUGGGGAAAGAAAGACUGAAGAAAAUAACCUGAGAAAAAGAAAAACUGAGGCCGGCAGGCUAUGGUUUUUCUGUCAAGGGUUUUUUCUGAAGUCUUUCUUCUCCACCAUAACCAAAGUCGAGGAUUUUAUCUUGCUUAUAAACCAUCUAUGUUUGCAUGUGAAUAUCCCAGAAUUCCAGUAAGAAAAACCUUACAUCAUGUUUUCUUAUGGAAAAAAACCCUACCCUGGAAGGGUAACCCGUUACAGGUUUACAAAAAAAACUUUCAGAAGAAUAACCCCAAAUUCACAAGUAUAAUAUAUGCAAAGCCGUCACGACUUUCAGACAGCAAGUUAUUCUGGACAUAGAAUAUACCCUAAAGAUCAAAGAGAUUUACAGUUAUAGGUUUAUAAGUAGAUAUCUCUGUAUUUAUAUAUUUUGUUUCCUUGUUUUUGUAUAUUUUCUAUUCAAUGAAACUUUUUAUUGAAGAAUUUGUUUUAUUUAUUUUUAAAUUUUAAAGAUGCCAUACAGAAUAAAGCUAAUAUUUAAGCAUAUGUUCAUGUUU